AUGGCCUCUAUCAACAAACACCCGAGCCGGUUCGAGCUUACAGCCGUCUACCAUCAUCCACAAGCCAAAGCCGACAUCGUCCUCGUCCACGGCCUCAACGGGGCGCCAGAGAAGACAUGGACGGCUCCGAACGGGGUGUACUGGCCCGCCGACUUGCUGCCGACUUCGUUGAAGGACCAACAUGCCAACGUGCUGGUAUACGGGUACAACGCCGAUGUGUACGGAGGGUUCUGGGAACGGCCUGCGAAGAGUCCGAGUGACAACUUCAUCCAUCAUCACGCACAAACUCUCGUCACGACUCUCACCCACUACCGCAAGAGCGAAGGGACUGAACGGAACCCCAUCAUAUGGGUCGUCCACAGCCUCGGCGGCAUAGUCACAAAGCGGGCGCUCCUGUAUUCGAAUGACCUGCGAGAUCCCAACCAGGAAGACCUCCGCUCGAUCUACGUUUCAACGUAUGGUAUCAUCUUUUUGGGAACACCACACAACGGGUCGAAUGCAGCCGCGUGGGGUGGGAUAAUACAAAGAAUGGCGGAUGCUGUUGUCCCGAAGAAAAUCUUUGAGUCCGAAUCCGUGCUCCUCAAGUCGCUUAAGAAGGACAAUGAGACGCUCCAGCAGAUAUCCAGCCAUUUCUUGGAUAUUUACCAGAAGUUCAAGAUCCACAUGGCGCAUGAGAACCAAAAGACAGAUGUAAAAGGGUCGAAGAUUCUGGUCGUGGACGCCUCAUCUGCAAGCCCACAACUUGUCGGUGUCACGUACUACGGCAUCGAAGCUACACAUUCUCGCAUGUGCAAGUUCGAGAGCGAGAAUGCGCCCGGCUACCGGACCGUCUCUACGGCCAUUCGAGAGUGGAUUGCGGACGCCCCCGAAGUGAUACCAAUCCGCUGGGAAGUGGAAGAGGAUCAGCGCCGGGUUAGAGCGAAUCUGGAGUACUUCGAGCGUGCUCGGCAAUAUGGUGCUGCGUCUCUCCCUGGCGGAAACUCGCAGCAGGCAAUUGCCCAGAAUAGCAAUGGGAUCACCCCAUCCCCAGUCCAACCACCGCCCCUAGAGCCCGGCCGAUCCAUCUCCGCGCCCCUCCUAACCGACACCGCCCACCCAGCCACGCCUCCGACGGCGUACUCCCCCAAACUCCUCCCCGCGCUCCCCGAGUCCCAACCCCUCCCCGAGCCCGACCACGAGCCGCUCUUCAUCCACCCGGAGACGUUCCGCCCCAACUCGUACUUCAUCGGCCGCGAGGACGAGCUGCGCGGGCUGCACGAGAUGCUCAUGGACCGCAAGCGCCGCUCCGAGGGCACCUCGGCCGUGCUGAUCCAGUGCCUGCCCGGCGGCGGCAAGACCCACCUCGCCCGCCAGUACGUCUUCCAGCACCGCGACGACUACCCGGGCGGCGUCUACUGGGUGCGCGCCAAGAGCCGCCAGGAGCUCGAGUACUGGUUCUGGCGCAUCGCGAGGAACGAGGCCCUGAAGGGCCUGGUCGAUCAGCGCGAUGUGGAUGAGUUGAGGGACCCGAGGAGGAUUGUCCAUAUUGUGAGGCGCUGGUUGAGUGCGCAGUCGGAGUGGUUGAUCGUUUUUGAUGGUGUGCAGUUUGAUACGCCGGGCUUGCAUGAGUUUAUCCCGGAUGCGAGGAACACGAGCUUGAUCUAUACGUCGACCGAGCGGGCGGUGACCGGGGACCCGCGAUUUGAUAACCCGCAAGUUAUGGAGCUUGGGCUGAUGACCGCGCAGGAGGCGCAGGAUUUAUUGUUGCUUGAGACGGAGAGGCGGCGGCCGUGGAGUGUGGAGGAUCAGGCCAUCGCGCUGGAGCUGGUGGGCUUGAUGGGGAGGUUGCCGCUGAUGAUUCACGUUGCAGCACAGCAUCUGAAGGCGACGAGAGAGCCGUUGUCGAGGUAUCUCAGGUCGUAUCGGAAUCGGCCGAAGGCGGGGAAUCUGCCGGCAUACAAGGUUGUGCGAGAGCAGCUGGAGAAUAGGGGCGAGAACGAGGCGCUGAACUUGAUGUCGUUGUUGGUCUUCUUCGAUCAGCACGUUCCGGUCGAAAUGCUCGCGCUCGGCAUUUCUGCGCUCGAUAAGGUCACCCCCGUCAAGAGCUGCGACGCCACCCACAGGAAGGCGAGCCUCAACAAUACGCUCAAAGUUCUCAUCGCCUUUGCCCUGCUCGAGCGGUCUGAGAGCGAUGACAUCUCACCUACAAGUUCCCGCAGCUCUAAGCGGAGCUUCGAUAGGCACGUCGACUACCUGGACUUGCUCCGUAUCCAUAGCGUCGUCCAGGCCUUCUUCAUCGACUCCCUGGACGAGCAGCACCAAAUCCCAUUCUGGCUCGAGCGAGCGGUGGCCGUUUGGGCCAGAUCAUACGAUGACGCGGACAGGCGUAUUCAGGAGGACCCGAGAGUCGGUCUGCCCGAUGACUACCGCCGCUUCUGCAUACAUGGCGAGAAGCUCCUUAAGAAUCUCACUCGAUUCGAGAAGCGGUAUCCGAAGCUCGCCGUUGCUAAGUCGCACCUGGAACAGCGGCUGGGCAGGAUCCAAGGGCAAAUCGACGACCUAUCACAUACUAUUCAAAAGAACAUCCUCGAUGGCUCUGGAGAGGAAUAUCCUGCCUCGGUUUUUGACCGGAUCAGCAGUUCCUCGCAGUCCGAUGCGGCAACCAUGCAGUCUCACAGCAGUCAACUCAGCCGGGUGGGAUCUCUUGGUGAUGGCGACGUCGACUUGGUCCAGUCCCCGGUAACGGAGUUGCUGGAACAGGACGCCCAAAUGCUAGUACCAUAUCCUACUACACCAGGUGUGAUGCCAAUGGUGCCCGAGAUCACCGAGGACGAUGAUCAGGAGACUGUUGUGUUGUCUGUGGCAGGGACGCAGGUUCACGUGGGGGCAACGGAUCCGGUCGACACCAGUUCACUACCGCCAGAUCCAUACGACCGUCAACACGACGCGGCAUACUUUGAUGACUGGCAAAGCUCUAUUCCACAUCAUAGAGUACUCAAGCGACAGGAGACUCGGCGAUACCAUGAUCGUGCCGGUUCCUGGAGAGCCAUGACCGUGAGCGAUCCGCGGGUUGGACUCAGCUGGGAGGUUGCGCUCGGCUCCAUCUUGAGCAGAAGGGAUGCUUCACCGUCGUCAUCCGGGGCUCACUUGACAGCCCAGAGCGAGGCGGAGAUGCAGCUAAAUAAGAUCAAGAAGGCAGCGCCGCCAUCCCCCAGGCAGAGAGGCAGCUUUGGCUCCCAGUCUAUGGCUCGACCUAUGACACUUGUUGGGAGAAACAGUUGGGCAGUUCCCCAAGCCCAGAAGACGCCCGACACCGACGUGGCGCAAAUCCACCCUGAAGAAUUCUCAAGCGGCCUCACGCAGAUCUUGUCGUCCCCUAAGAGCUGGACAGAGGCAACAAUAAAGAUGCUGAAGAAGACGGUGAUGCCUUCGGACAAGCCCAACAAGUCACCACCUCGACCUCAGAAACCCCAGACGCCGCCAGAGGAAGAACUCAUUGUUCCUCCCUCGGGCAUCUUCCGCGGCAGCCGGUCAGCCAACUCGAGCCCAGCAAGCCACUCCUCUCCGUUCCCCCCGCCUUCCCUCUCUGGUAUACCCACGGAUGAACUGUUCUCUAAAGCCGGCGUCCCAAUUGUCGUUCGCCGCUGGGACACAGUCGUCUAUCACCCCGACGGUACGCCGAUCAGCUCAUCUGGUAUCGAGUGGUCCAGCGCCUCCGAUCCCCUCUCCCACUCCUUUCCGACCCUACCCCCAAGUAGGCACCACCACCCCGGCAACAUCAACACUGCCCAGCUCCUCCUCCACGGCAGCAACGGCGGUCCUCCGGCAGGAUACUCCUCUCAGCCUAUGUCGCGCGACGGCUCGCACCAGUCAAACCCCAGCAUCAACAUCCACAGUCCGACCGCGGCAAUCCAUUCCGCACGGUCAAGCUCGCCGUCCCCAUCACCCACCGGGACAGACCCAGCUCAACGAGCCAGCCCGCCCGGAUAUGCAACGAGCGCAAUGGCAACUGGGGGCAGCCCAACCGGCAGUCGCCCCAUCCCGACCCCAUCCUCCCGGCUCGCGCCCUUCCCCUUCGCGCGCGGCCGCCGACCCUCCUACACCGAAACGGAGCCCUCCCCAAGGAUGGACACACCCUUCCCCGACGUCGACACCUCCUACCGGCACUGGGCCGACCAACACAACCACAGCCACCACCAACCCGACUACCACAACCCCCCACCGCUGCCACUAACAGCAGGCACGUCCUUCCCACCUCCCACCAGCAGCACCAUCCCGCGAACCCGCCCCAUCACCAACCCCUUCCGCCUACGCACCGGCCGCCGCGCAGCCCGCAUCCUGCCCACCCGCGGCGCCGCCGCACGGCGCGCCCAACAACAACAUCAACAACAACAACAACCGCGCGACGGCCGCUCCCGACGCGCGCACUCCCUCUCACCCUCGGCAGGCGCAGGCCCGCCCGCGGGCUCAACAGGCUCCCCCGUGCCCUGGCCGCCGGCGUCACCAUCCACCACCAGCUCGCCGCUCUCGGCGUCAGGACCAGCGUCGUUGUCGUCGUCGCUGAGGGGGAGGGCGCUGGCGCAGGCGAGGGAUGUGGCGGGGGCGGGGGCGGGGUUGGGGUUGGGGAUAGGGCAGCAGCAGCAGCAUCUGAGUCCGCUGGCGGAGUGGGCUGUGCCUCCCCAGGAGACGGAAACGGGGGCUGCUACUGGGACGGGGGUGGGGACUGGGGUGGUGCUUGGGGAGGUGGUGCCGAUGGGAGGGGAGGAUAUGGCGCGGUCGGGGUCGGCGGGGAGUCAUAGUUACAGUCACAGUCGCAGUCGGAGUGGGAGUGGUGCUGAUGCUGGUAUUGGUGGGGUGGCCGCGGCGGGGAUCAGGAUGGAGGAUGGUACGGUCGUGGAGUUUGGGGCGCCUGCUUUGGGUUCGGCGAGCGGUUCUAGUCCGGGGCUGGGAUUGCCUGGUCCUGGGCGGGGAGGUGGUGGCGGCGGCGGCGGUGGGAAGAAGCCGAGGAGGGGGAGUUUCCCUGGGAUGGGGCCGAAUGGGUUCGUGGUUUUUGAUUGA